CCAGGGCAAUUUGUGAAGCAUAUACCUAAGAAUGAACAACUGCGUUUCCUCUUCCUGAGAUCAAUUUGGUCACAUCUUCGGGGACAAAAUAUAUAUACACAUAAGUAUAUCACCAUGGCACUGGUGGUGUAUUGGUAUGAUUUCGUUUGUUUUGGCAUUGUGGCUGCUGCUUUUAUUGGAUCCUGGUGGGUGCUAUGGAGGAAGGAGCGUGCCUCCAGAUGUGAUGAUAAUACCAUUUAUGAAAGCCUGAUAGCCUCUCGACCAGACAGUGAUGGCUUUGUACGUGCCAUCCCCAAGGCUCAUGUUGGCUCAUCCCAGCUUUGGACCAGUUGCUGGAAGGGGGUGCACCCUGGAUGGCUCUUGCUCACUCGUUUCGUGUCCCUCGUCGCCAUGGCCGGAUUCUUGUCCUGGGAUAUUGCGGAUUGGGGUGCAAGCAUCUUUGUCUACUACACUGAGUGGACAUUUACAUUAGUUAUAAUCUAUUUUGGGCUGGGGACAAUUGUAUCUGCAUAUGGAUGUUGGGUUUACCGAAAGGAUCCCCCUUCUGCAAAUGGGGUAAGAGAUGAGUUUGUGACAACGGAUAUUGAAGAAAGUAUAACUACAAACACUUUGACUUACGGGGAAAACGAAGUAAGAGGCAGCAUCAAAUUGCAAAGCCACUAUGCUGAGGAGGUGAUUCAACACCGAGCUGGAUUUUGGGGAUAUCUUAUGCAAACUAUCUAUCAGACUUGUGGGGGUGCUGUUAUCCUAACAGAUAUCGUAUUUUGGUGUAUUAUUGUACCUUUUUUAUCCAAUGCUCAUCUUGCACUGAAUAUGUUGAUGGGUUGCAUGCACACAUUGAAUGCUGUUUUUCUUCUGCUAGACUCGGUGCUCAAUAACCUUCCAUUUCCUUGGUUUCGGCUUGCCUACUUUGUCCAGUGGAGCUGUCUCUACGUUGUUUUCCAAUGGGUCAUUCACGCCUGUGGUUUUUCUUGGUGGCCGUAUCCUUUCCUUGAGCUGAACAACCCUUGGGCUCCUUUAUGGUAUUUCUCUCUGGCUGUGGUUCACAUACCCUGUUACGGCAUAUAUGCGCUGAUUAUAAAGGCGAAAAAUAGAAUUCUUUCCAGAUUGUUUCCUCAUGCUUUCCUGAGGUCAUACUAGUUUCUUGAUAGAAAUGUCUUUCAUUCUUCAUUCCGAUUGCACGCUUGAGUUGAGUAUGUAAUGCCGGAAAUAUUCAAGGCCAAGCCGGUUCCCUCUGGAAAAUGGUGGCUAUUUGUCAUUGGACAGUGUCCGAGUGGUUGUUGCAUACAUAUAUUUCUAAUUUAUGUGAAAUAUCAUCAGAUAUGCGCUUUGUUAGUACAAAGAAA